CUUCCUUCAAUCAUCUAAACUUGCAAGUACUACCAAGCUAAGCCUUUUCCUUCUUCCCCCAGCUCCUAUAUAUACGCGUGCACCGGCCACAAAAAGAACUCAUUACCAAUCAGCGGCAGCACGAGUAAGCUCGAGACAGAGUACCAACAGAAACCUCCCAAUCGAAAAUCCGCGACGCAGCGAAAUUGAAGAAGAUGGCGAUGGCGGCGUGUAGCGGGCCAUGGAAGCGGGUGCGGACGCUGGGCCGGGGCGCGUCCGGGGCCGAGGUGUUCCUCGCGGCGGACGACGUGUCCGGGGAGCUGUUCGCGGUCAAGUCCGCGGGCGCGGGGGCGACGCUGAGGAGGGAGCAGGAGAUCAUGGCCGGCCUGCGCUCCCCCAAUGUCCUCUCCUGCAUCGGUGGCCGCGUCGGGCACGACGGGUCCUACCAGCUCUUCCUCGAAUUCGCCCCGGGCGGCUCGCUGGCGGACGCCGUCAGGAGCGGCGCCGGCGGGAGGCUCGAGGAGCGCGUCGUCCGGGCGUACGCGGAAGACAUGGCCGCCGGGCUCGCGUACCUCCACGGGGCCGGGCUGGUCCAUGGCGAUGUCAAGCCGAGGAACGUGGUGAUCGGCGGCGACGGCCGCGCCAAGCUCGCGGACUUCGGGUGCUCGAGGAAGACGGAUUCCCGCGGGCCGAUCCUCGGGGGCACGCCGGCGUUCAUGGCGCCGGAGGUAGCGCGCGGCGAGGAGCAGGGUCCGGCGGCUGACAUCUGGGCGCUGGGAUGCACCGUGGUCGAGAUGGCCACCGGGCGCGCCCCGUGGAACGGCACCGGCAUGGAGGACGACGGCGUGCUCGCGGCGCUGCACAGGAUCGGCUACACGGAUGAUGCCGUUCCCGAGGUUCCCAAAUGGCUGUCAGCCGACGCCAAGGACUUCUUGGCCAGGUGCUUGACGAGGCGGCCAAGCGACCGGUGCACGGCGGCCCAGCUGCUCGAGCACCCGUUCUUAUCUGCCGAACGUGAGUGGGUGUCCCCGAAGAGCACGCUGGACGCCGCGUUCUGGGAGACGGACGGCAGCGAGGAAGAAGAUGACGACGCCGAGGUGUCAGCAGUAGAACACAGCAUGGCCGAGAGGAUCAGAGCAUUGGCUUGCUCUGCAUCGUCUCUCCCGGAGGAUUGGGACUCCGACGAGGGGUGGAUCGAUGUGAUGAACUCCACACCAAGCGAAGCAUCCGACGCAGCGCCAGUGCCGGUGCCGGCCGAGGAGACGACGGAGCCUGACGACGGCGGUGUCCGGAGCGAAGAAUGGAGCGCGGAGACCUCCGGCCUUGGUCUCGGCAUUACCGUCGACAGCAGCGUCACCGCUCGCGACGAUGUAGAAGAAGCAGAUAAUAAUUCUUUGAUUAGCCACAAUAGGAUCCUUCAGUCUUCAGAAAUUUCAGUCUUCAGCGGUGCCGGUCGCGACGACGUAGGAGAAGCCGAUGAUGAUUCGAUUGGCCACAGUAGGAUCCUUCAGUCUUUAGAAAUUUCAGUUUUAGCCGACGAAGCUGUACCAUGUAAAUUACUCUGCCACAUUAACAGUUCAAUGGAUUUCACUCCUCAAAUUUUUCCGCGUCCUCUCCCUCGUUGCCUGCGUUUCAGCAGCUAGUAAAUCACGGGAACUUGAAACAAAUUACCCGUCGCAAAGUUAAAAAUAAAAAAUCUGGCCUCGUCAGUUUCUUCA